GCGUCAUCAGUCGCGCCUGCAGAUGUUCCUGCGCUUAUCAAUAAAUAACUAAGGAAUCAACUCGCAUAAUCACAACCUGAUCAGUGAGCCAGACCACCGGUGAAAAUGUCUGUGAAGAUUCUCUCCGUCACUCUCCUCCUGCUCUCAAUGUGUGUGUGCUUCAGCUCCUCUGCAGGUAUCCGUGGUCCUACGAAGAAACGCCCUUGCUGCGUUGAUGUUACCAACCUCGAUAUGAGCCCUGAGGUGGUGGGGGAGACAUAUCGCGAGCAGGUUUUAUCACAUCCCUGUGUGAAGGCUAUAAUUUUCAACACAGAAUAUGGUCAGCUUUGCGCCGAUCCUAACGCUCAGUGGGUCCAGAAUCUCACUUCCACAAUGAAGAAGGUGCAGUGAAGCACAAGUUCUCUGGUGAAGCAUUGCUGCCUGUCUGUAUCAUCUUUGGCCUCACUUUCAAAGAUAUAUUCAAAUGAGAAUGCUUCCUAAAAACCUUUCAAAUUAAUUAUAUUACUGUUACCCUGUAUUUAAUUCUUGGUGUUGACUUCAGGCUUUCAUGGUGCCAACCAUUUUUUUAAAAAGUUAGCAUUUAAGCGCUGU